GUGUGGUACCCUUUCAAUUCAAUCAACCAAUCUCCUUCAGUGUAUUCUUCAAGAGUCUUAAAGAGAGGCUCUGGCAACCUGUGCAAGCCUUGAUAAUAUUGAUCGGAUGCGGCUUGGCCUACACUCACCCCGACCAAGCCAAGGAUGACAUCACCACGUGGACACACAACAUGAUAUUGAUUUAUACAAAGGAUUAUAUAGAUGAUAUUCUGACACAUUUCAACCGCUACGUCACUUUCGGAAUAACAGUCACGUGUUUGUACAUAGUGACUUGUAUCUUGUUCAUUUACGGGGCAUAUACUUUUCAAAACAUACUUCUUAUCGGGUUUAUCCUGGCAGAGCUGAUCCGGCUGCUAUUUCUGUCAGUCCUAGUGGCCACUGGGUUACUGGUGCUAAAACAGAACACUAUGGACAUUGGACUUCUCAUCGGCGCUAGUGUCGCCGGCGGCUUUCUUCUUUUGGGAAUGUUUUACCUAUGGGUAUGUGCUCUGAAUUUGCCGGUACUAAUAAACGAGAUGGAACGCGACGAGCAAGCAGCGACCAUCGCGAAGCUGCGACAGGUCCUCGAGAUGACCAACUCCAACCAACUGAGGAGCACUCAGGGUCUCGAUGACCACAUCCCGCUGGCCAACGACAAGAAUCGGGGACCGAUAUACACCGUACCGCGGAAGAAAGGGAAUGAAUUCGCCUCAAGGAUUCCUGUAUCGUUUUAUUCGAAUGUGAAUUGAAAUGUCUUCACAUUUUUUUAAAUUGCAACUUUCUAUUUCUAGCCUUAAAUAAAUACAUUUUUUUGCAAAUUAUUAAAAACUCCCUAUCUUUUUUUUUUAAACUACGUCG